AUGCAACAUCGAUCCCUCCUCGUCACUAUAUUUUUAAUGCGCUUCUUGCAGUCCAGUGUCGAUGCCAUUAGCAAUCUAAAAGUAAAGUUGAAAUGUGUGGAAUCGGAGGAAGUCGACGGCACUCUUCAAACUGAACUCUCGUUUGGAAAUCAUAAUACUUUUCUGCCGGCCUAUGCGGAUAUUUGUGCUGAAUCAACGAAAUUCGACGACGCUCAGCGUGUAUACUUUUGUCAUUCGUGUCUCACAGACUGUCCGACUCGUGUCGAACAAGCACCUAGAAAUAUUCUAAUUGUAGCCGGACAAGCACCACCGAAUUCUAGAGUUUCCUGGUUGAAUGUUGGAGAUAAAAUUGGCAAUGUUCGUGAGACCGGAAAACAGUGCAAUGUGGAUAGUACAAGCUCCGGUCCAACGAUGAACACCAGUGGAGAAACCAAUGCUGAAUCGACUGAUGCUCUCCGCUCAUUUUCCAAAACUUCCGUGCUUUUCGUAUCAAUUUCUUUUAUCAUUCUUAUGGUCAUUUCUCUAGCCUGGCUUGUUUUUUAUUAUGUUCAAAGAUUCCGUUACGCUCAUGCCAAGGACCGUCUCCAGAGAAGAUUGUUCAAUGCUGCGAGAAAGGCUCUCACUCGGAUUCCAACGAUGACUAUUUCACCUGGCAUGACUCAAGAACUACAAUCGGAUUGUGCCGUGUGUUUGGAUCCAUAUCAGCUGCAGGAUGUUAUCAGAUUAUUGCCGUGCAAACACGUCUACCACAAAUCUUGCAUUGACCCAUGGCUCUUGGAGCACCGUACCUGCCCAAUGUGCAAAAAUGACAUCCUCAAACACUUUGGAUACUGGAAUGAGAUCCGUAACGAUAUUCAACUACCUACUAAUUCCCGAGGCUCAGCCCACCCUGAUUUCGCAAUUCGUUUGGAACUCGGAGAUCACGUCGAGGAUCAUAUAACUCCCGAUGAAAUCAUGUCUCCAGAAGUGCAUUCUGAAUCUUCAGACUCUCAAGGAUUCUCAUUCGACCAUUCAGAACAUACUGAGACGUUUGGAUUUUCGGCUCCUUCGGUUCAACCUCAGCUGGUACUAAAUGCGUCAAACGCAAAGUCAUUUGUGAUGCCCAUGUCGAGUAGAUCGAAUGCAAACACGGAUAGUAAUCAGAACAAGAAUAAUUUCCGAUCAGCUCGAAGUGCUAGAGAGCAUCGGGCAAGUCUUCAUGAAUUGUCAAGUCAUCAGAGACCACAAACAGCAGCCACGCAAGGGCAGAUUGUGAAUUUAGUGCAGGUCAAAUCCCGAUCCGCUUCAAUCACCCGUUCGGCAGCCACCAUCCGUAAAGAAUCUCUUCCAACGCCUAUCGAAAUCACUACAGUCAUCCCAUCCACAUCCUCGUCAGGCACCACCAUGACCACAGCUACACCAUCAACUAGUCGUGUCAUUUAA